AUGAGGCGAGGUCAUAAAGGCAUUGGUGGAUGGCGAAGUGAAAACACAAGGCAUUUUAGGUCUCGAGGAGGAGGGAAUCCGCAUUUUAGGCCUAGGAGCUACCCACUGCUAGAUGCACACAGAUUCCCGCCACCCCCUUUACAUAGACCACCGCCAUUUGUGUCAAGACCAGAUCAUAUGGUUGAACACAAUACAGAACAAAACAGAAACAAAUUUAGAUUUGACAACAGGAAAAAUCAAAAUAAACCCUACGAAAAGCAUAGUGAGAGGGAAAUCUUCCCACAUUUGCAACACUUCAAACAUAAUGAUAUGACUAGUCGUACCAACACUUAUAAAGAAUCCAAUUACUAUGUUAGUACUAAGCAGAAUGAUGGGUUUAUUGUUAAUAGUCAUGGAGAUGUUGAUCAUAGACAGACCAAUGUUAAACAAAAUUGUCUAUCAUUUAGGCAGCAGCCAGUUACCUCUUGGAUUCCUCCUGCAGAGCAUAAAAUACCUCCGUAUGAUAAUAAAAAUCAAAACAAGUCUUAUAGGUGUCAUGAAGAACAAAAUAAAUUGCCCAUACUUGAUUAUCCAGGACAUCGGCCACCUUCAUCUGACCAUUAUGGUGGCAAUCCAACUCCAUCAAUUGAUAAUUCAAAUACAUUUAGCAGGUCAGUUGAUGAUACUGUUAAUAUUGUUAGGAAAAGAUUAUUGGAUAGAAAUGAAUCCCACCAUGUAUCGGAUAAUGCAAGAAUGGAAAAAUUUUCUAAUAACUUGCAUAGGGAGAAUUCUGUGACCAAUUAUCAUGAUAAUUCACAGCAAGAGCAACCUACCAAAAGAAGGAUACAAAGACAAAAACAGAAAAACAAAACAAAUUGUGAUAAAAUAAAAAACAAAAUAUUUCAUCAGUUAUUUAAAAUGGAUAAGGAGAAAAUUCAUAAACUGAUGGACAAUCCUAAUUCUUCUUCUAAAUUUGAGUAUGCUAUUAGCAGUCUGAUAACUGAGUCUCAAAAUAGCUUUAAUCGCCAUUUGAGGUCAGUUGCUGAAAAAUCACUGUGUAGUUCCAGUACUGACUUUAUGCAAAAUGACAAUAAUACUAUUUAUGAAGACACAUUUUUGAAGCAAAUGCAGUGCUUGUUAGAUCCUCAAGACACAGUGUUACUUGAAGAUAUCAAACCAAUUGUUAUGGCUGAACUUUCUAAGGUGCUGCAACUGGAUAACAUCGAGCAGCAAUUUGUAGAAGGCGAAAGCACUGGUCAUCAUAGUGAAACACAUUCAAAUUAUGAUCAAUAUCACUCAGCGUUUGGUAAUUAUGAAUUAAGCAAUUACCCAGAAGAAUAUAUCGAAAGUGAUUUUGCUGAACAGCAUCCAUCCCAAACUAAUUUCAAACAAUCUGACACAAAUGUUAUUGGUGAAAUCCGUGAUAAAUAUGAUAAUAAUCAACCCAAUGAUGAUGUUCAGUCUAAACCUCUCUUUGAAAGAAGAUCAAGAUCAAAAAGCUAUAAUUAUAAUGAAGAAAGAGCGUUGGAAAACCAGUAUACUGGAAGUAAUCAUGAUUAUAAAUCAAAUGAGGAUAUAUACCAAAAUAGAAGUGAUCCUUCUGAAUUGUUUGACCCUAUUACGGAACAGAUUUCUGAUGAUGAAGAUCCUUUUGCUGAAUUAGAUAACCAGUAUCAUGUUGAUGUAGAUCAUAAUUUUAUUGACAAUGAGGAUAUAUCCAGCACACAGCAAAUACAAAAAACCAUUACAUCUAAAUCACUGACGAUUGGUGAUACUGAUAUGGAGCUAAAUAGACUUAAAACUCCACAAAAGGGUUCAAUCAGUAUAAAACAGGAAAUUGAUAGUCAAAUUCUUGAUAUUGCCAAAUCACCAUUGAAAUUAUCAUCAAAUAUCAACAAGAAAGACAAUUUUAAUGAAAGUGAAAAUAAAGGAAUUAAUAUUAAAAAUGAACCAGGAUUAAUCGAAAACAUGAAUACAACAAACACUAUGAAUAUUGACAAAAUACCUAUACCGGAAGACAACAGAACAGAUAAAUCACAAAACUCUUGUGUUAUGCCAAAAUCAUUAGCUUCAUCAAAUUCACGCAAAAGAGCUAUUGAUCAACAAUCUUCUCAUCGUAAAGAGAAACGUAAAAAAAUAGAUUUCACUCCAACUGAUUCAAGUAAACAAAUAUUGAAUAAAGAUGUUAUUAUAAAUGUUAAUGACUGCACUUCAAACCCAUCUGAAAAAUGUGAUACUGCAAAAUCCAUCUUUAACCUACGUUUAUCUAAAGAUGAAGGAGACUCUAAAAUAAGAGAUAUAUCAAAAGAAACAAUAAAAACAGAAGUAGUUGACAAGGAAUAUUCAGAUAAGUAUGUUAAGCGGAAAGAUAUUGAAAAGAAAACAAGAGAAAGAAGCAGUGAACCUAAGAAAAAGCAUAACUCUGAUUCACCCAGUCAUUCCAAUUUUAAUCUGAAAGAAAAUGCUGCUAAUACUAAUAACCAAACUACAACUAAAAUUGAAGUUAAGAAUACACUGAAAACAAUAGACAUGUUUGUGGAAAAACCAAAGAAAUUGAUCCAUCAUGCUCACAGAAAUACUGUUGUUAUACCAGGCACAAAAAACACAAAAACUAACAUAGAUAAAAAGAAAAAAAACUUAAAACGGGGUUCAAAUCGUAAAAGUAGACGGCACAUAGCAACACAAGUUUUAAACAAACUUGUAACAAAAGAAACUCAAACAGUUGAGACUAAAACUUUUUGUACAAGAUUUUGUCAAACAGAAAAAGGAAAAUUGUGUGUCCAGGCAGUUCAGACAGAUCCCGUGUAUUUUGAAAAGUCAAACUCACGUUCCACGGAUGCUUUUGAAAGAAUGAAAGAAAUUGAUUUAGAAAUCCAGGUUUUAUUGCAAGAAAAAUUUAAAUUGUACAGUUCAUUGGAAAAUAAAGAUUCAAGUCAAAACUCUCUUCAAACACUUGGAAUGACUGUACUGAAUGUGACUCCAUUGGAUGAAGAUGUUAAAGAAGGAAUUAUAGAAGUUGAUUCUAUAUCAAGUGAUGCAAUAGCUGAUGAUUUCACAAAUAUCCCUGUGGAAGAUCUUGAGCAAAUAGCAUUUGAAACUGUAGAAGCAGAGAGGAAUGAAAAUUUUGAAGUUGAAAAACGUAGCCGGCGUAAUACAGUAUUAGAAGAAGAAAGAAAAAGUUCUAUAAGUCCUAAAGCUGCCAUGGUAAAGAAAAAUGGUCGGAAAAGCAGAACGCCAAAUAUUUCUCUUAUAGAGCAAAUAAUCACAGAUGAUAGACCAUUGGAAGACAUAAUAGCACUAGACGAUUAUGAAAAACCAAUAAAAACGAGAAGACCAAAGGUACAACGGUCAAAGAAAAAAGCUACUAAGAAGACAAAACCUAUGAAUACACUCGGUACAACAUUUGAAUUGAAAGAAUGUUCAGUAGUGUUAAUAAGAGAAGAUUUAAGCAAAAUACUAUUACAAAAUACUAUACCACCUAUUGAAUACCAAGAAUCUCUAUUUGAAACUGCAGAGCAAGAAAAUAUUGUUGAGAUAGAUAUUACAGAAAAAGAGAAUAGUGUUAUUAAUGAUGUACAGUUUGAUAUGUUGGAUGUGUCAGAAGAUAUAGUAAUUGGGGAUAAUUGUGAAAUAAAGUCACUCCAAGAUAAAGAACUAGAAAUUAUUGAUGUACCAAUAAGUGAGGAAAUUAUACUUGAUAACAGUCAGUCAUCAUAUGAAGAUAUUAUAGCUCCUCAGGUUUUAUCUGGAGAUAAUGAAUGCAAAAUGUAUGAUUAUUCUGCUGAUGAAAAUCUACGUCGAGAUUCAAUUACAGUCACCGGAAAUGCAGAUGCUGUUCUAGCAAUUGAAUGUAUAGACAACAACUUUAUAGCGGCCUGUCUGGAUGGCAAUGUUUAUUACUUCAGUGGUGAUGGCCAACUUAUUAAUACUCUUAGAGGAUCGAAUUUAGCUGUGACAUGUCUUACAAUUGUCAAGGAGAAAUAUGAAACAACUGUAUACACGGGUUCCCUAGAUUCUAGGAUACGAUAUUAUGAUUUGGAGACGGGCUUGGAAAGGGGACCGGAAUGUAAUGUUCUAAGCCCAAUACAGACAAUGGAUCGGGCUUGGGACACAAUAUUUGUUGGGACCAGGACUGGAUUUGUUCUGCAGUUUGAAUGUAAAAAUAAUAUAUUAAUACCGGUCAGUACAGUUAAAUUCUCGGACCAGUCGAUAUUGGCACUGCGUGCCAUGAAAGAAGGCCCUCGAAAAGUACUCUUAGUGGCUGCUCGGUCGGAGAAUGUAACUAUAAAGGACGCACAAACAGGUCUCCUCCUGCGAACAUUAACAGGACCGAAAAUGACCGUUUACACGCUGCUGUAUGAAGAUGGAAAAGUUUACUGUGGAACAAGCAGUCACCAGAUACAAGUUUUUGACUAUACGAGUGGAUCCCAUGUUGGCACUCACGAGGGUGGCAAAGGCGCCGUGUGCUUGAGAGCGACUGGGGGGCUUCUGUUUGCGGGCUGCUACGACGGCUGCGUGUACGUGUACCGGGAGGGCGAAGCCCGACCCAUGGCACAGUUGAGAGGACCCGGACUAAUGUUGCUCUCACUCGCCGUUGUCGGCAGCAAGAUAAUUGCCGGCUAUAAAGACAGAAGUUUGUAUAUUUGGAAGAUCCCACUUAGUAUACUGCAGGAGAUGAUCUUAUAA